AUGCCACGGGAAACCAACCGCGGACGACUGCGAUCGCACGAGGCUUGUCUUAAUUGCCGGUGCAGUGUCACUCUGUCGCCUGUGUGCCCUUCAUCACGGAAGAAGACGCGAUGUCCGGCCGAGAAACCGUCCUGCUCCAGCUGUGUCCGCCUAAACCAGACAUGUCUAUACACCACCGUGCCGCGAGGCUCACGCAGCGGUCCCUCGGCCGACCGAUUGGCCUACUUGGAGGAAAAGGUGAGAAACGGCCCGCCACGGUCCGCCAUCAGCUUCGCUCCGUCAGUUAACCUCGUGUCUUCUUUUCUCCUUAGACCAGCCCAGGACCAUCCCACAAACGGCGGCGCCAAUGACGUACCAGACACUGCGUAUUCCGCUGCCUCGUGCCCUUCGUCCGAGCCGAAUAAUUUCAAUGACCCAUUUCUCUUAGGUUUUGGGUUAGAUGACUCUAGGUUGCACUCGUCCUCGCGACUAGCCCAGGCCAUCGAUCUCUAUUUCCAAUAUUGCCACCGACAACCAAUCUGGUGCUUCGACCGCGAAGAGGUCAAGGAUCCCAGCUAUGUCUCAGAAGAGCUCGCAUGUAGUAUUAUCACCUUAACUUCCCGCUUUUCACAAGAUCGGGAAGAAAUGCUCCAUUAUGGUGACAGCGCCCGGACCUUGGUCAUGCUGCGCAUCGCCAAUGGUACCGUCGAGCUUGAAACUAUUGAGAGCUUGUGUUUGCUCUCCUACUCGUCCUUCCUCGAUGGAAAUAUACAGUUGGGACGAUUUCACCUGGGUCUCGCGCUUCAAUUAUGCCGAUCAUCGAUGCUGGACCUCGAUGCAACAUACGGGAUCGAUUGCCCCGCGGCCGAGCGCAAGAAGAGGCUCUUCUGGAGUCUGCAAUCACUCGAGCAAUCAUACGGCCAAAUAAACGGGAUUUUGAGCGUGCCAUCCGAAGUCUUGCGCUCGUUCUACGUGUCCACGGGUGAUGACCCUCAGGCGCAAAGAAAGCUCGACCCCAAGCCACCCCCACUGCCGCAUGACGAAAUUGGGUGCACCGGGCCUGAAGAUACCGGCAUUUGGAGUCUCGCUUUGCAUUUCGGAUGGGUAUGGAGCAGGGUCCGGACGUAUCUAUAUGACUGCGCCCAGAGCAAGUUGCGAGAGCCCUGGCGGCACGACUCGAUGUACGCGAUGGUGCUCUCGGACCUAACCGAGCUGGAGAACAAGCUCUCCCUGUGCCAUCGAUACGACUCCGUCAAAUUCUACGAGCGCCGAUCGGACGAACUCCGGCAUAAUCGCGAAUACUGGGCACCGUGGCUCAAGCUGCAAUUCACCUAUCAUUCGAUCUUGACCGUACUGAAUCAUCCAUUCCUCUACAUUGUGGCAUCGCAGUAUAAUCACAACCUCACCAUCCCUAAUACCUUUUGGCGUCGAUCGUCGGAAGUGGUCCUUCUACAUGCCACCUGGAUUGUGCGCAUGAUCGACAUGGUGUCGGAAAAGAAGAUGCGACUGAUCGACCCGUUCUUUGGACAUGCCGCUGCGAUCGCCGCCACCGUGCAUCUGUAUUAUUGCUGCGCUGCUGACCCUCGGCUAAAAUACAAAUCCAAGACCGACUUUGCUAAAUGCAGGCGAUUUUUGAAAAGCUUUGUCUCUUUCUCUCCUUCUUGUGAAUCUCUCGAUCGAACGCUCGACAAGAUGACACACAUCGCAUCGGGCUCCGAAAAGGUGGACUUCGAUUGGGAACCUUCAAAGAUCCAUCUCAGCAUCCCGCUGAUGUGGGAGUUGCUCCAGGUCAACUUGACACCCAGUUCGCUUGACAUGUCCACCGCCGGCUUACUGCAUCCGUCACUCACGCCUGCAGUGUUCCCCGAGGAGAUGGAGGCUCCCGCCUCCACCCUCGAAAUCAUCGUGGCCAUGUCGCCCAACAUUACCGUCAACACGGCCGAUGGAGGCUCAGCGGCCCAUAUGCCGCCGAAUAUGCCGCACCUGGCAUCCGCGCCGGCCUCCCCCACCAGCUCGGCCAUGGGAGAUAAGCUGGUGGCACCCGCAGACAGUCUCAUGGCGAAUACUCCGUGGCUCUGGGCGGACCCGUCACAAUUUGUCGAUAUGGAGAAUCUCGGAUAUCCCGAGUCGGAAUCUACCCUGGGCAAUGUUGAAGGCUUUUCCACUUGGUGGGACUUUGGCAACUUAUAA